AUGGGUAACUCUCAGAACAAGGAUAUUUUAAGGAAAAGCCCCCUCGGUUGCAUAUUGACACGCUGGAGGGAUAUUGUUGGAACUGGGGGUACAGAGAAUAAGAAGACCCUCAUUAAAUAUUGCAAUCAAUGGUGGCCGCUUUAUAAGCUGGAAGAUGGAGCCAGGUGGCCACUUAAUGGAACAAUUGAUUACAACACUAUGUUGCAAUUAAUGCUGUUUUUGAGGAGAGAAGGAAAAUGGGAUGAAGUGUCAUAUGCAGAUAUGUUUUUCACCCUCCGAAACCAUCCGGAGUGGCAAAGGGACUGUGGAAUGGUGCCACCACAGGACCCUAUGGUACUUGCCCUAGAGCGGGAAAAUAACAAAGGACUUAAAGGUAAACUGAGGCGGUGUUGCUCGGCAUGUAGUAUUGAGCAAAGAUGUACUAGGAAAAAUAAAAUACACCUGGCAUCAGAACAAGAUUUAACUGAUUUGUUUAAGCCUCCCCCUCGACCACAGGAACAGGAUGUGGACUCGGAAGGAGCCUCCACUCCCCCGGGAAGCCCUGUAUCCUCCCGUAUCAGGAAAAAGUCUGCCCCAACAGUCUUGCAAGCACCUCUCCGAGAAGCAGUAGGGCCUGACGGUGGGAUGAUGUUAAUUAAGGUACCUUUCUCCACCACUGAUUUGGAAGCAUGGAAAAGGGUUGCUAAGGAUUACAGGAAUGAUCCGGUAAAUGUAAUUAAACAUUUCCAGUUUAUUAUAAAACAACACAACCCCGACUGGAAUGACAUACAAUUAUUAUUAGAAUAUAUGACUGAAACGGAAAAGCAAUUAAUUUUAAAAACUGCAGGGAAUUUGGCUGAGGAUCAUUAUAAAAUUACGGGAGGAGAUAUUAAAGAAUAUCUCCCCCUUCAAGAUCCAAAAUGGGAUGCAAACAGAUCCACGCAUAUGGAAAGACUGAAGGCAUACCAGGGAUGGAUUUUAAAAGGAGUGGAGAGGGCCAUUCCCAAAACUAUAAACUGGUCGGCAUUAUAUGCAAUCAAACAAGGUCCUUCCGAGUCACCAUCCGAAUUCUUGGAUCGACUAAGGGACGUAAUGCGCCGCAACACACCGCUGGAUCCUGGGUCAGAGGUUUGGGCCACUGAUGUGCCUGGAAAAGCAAAAAAUGCUCCACCUGUGGAGGUCAAACUCAAAGAAGGACAACAGCCAGUAAGAAUCAAGCAGUACCCCCUGAGGAAGGAAGACAGGGAGGGAAUUCGACCAGUAAUAGAAAAAUUUUUACAACUAGGAUUAUUAAGGGAAUGUGAAUCCGAUUUUAACACUCCCAUAUUACCUGUCCGUAAACCCGACGGGUCGUACCGGGUGGUUCAGGACCUACGGGCUAUAAAUAAAAUAACUGAAGACCUCUACCCGGUAGUGGCAAAUCCAUAUACCUUGCUGACUGUAUUGACACCUGAACUAACCUGGUUUACUGUUUUAGACCUGAAGGAUGCCUUCUUUUGCCUCCCUCUCCAUAAAUCCAGCCAGAAAAUAUUUGUAUUUGAAUGGGAAAAUCCUAAAAGAGGGUGUAAAACUCAGCUUACUUGGACGGUGUUACCACAAGGGUUCAAAAACAGUCCUACUAUAUUUGGUAACCAACUCGCAAAAGAUCUUGAGUCCUGGGAAGCCCCGCCUGAGGAAGGGAAACUGUUACAAUAUGUGGACGAUAUCCUGAUUGCAACCAAAACAGAGGACGCUUGUAUGACCUGGACGGUUAGUCUGCUAAAUUUUUUAGAGCUCCAGGGAUACCGGGUAUCCAAGAAGAAGGCCCAAGUGAUGCAGCGUAAGGUGAUUUAUCUGGGCUAUGAAAUCAGUGCUGGACAAAGAACUUUGGGACAGACCCGGAAAGAGACAAUAUGUCAAACUCCGAGACCACAAACAGUGAAAGAGUUACGAACCUUCCUGGGGAUGACUGGGUGGUGCCGACUAUGGAUCUAUAACUAUGGACUGCUUGUUAAACCUCUGUAUGCACUGACAACCACUGAACAAAAACACCUUAAAUGGAAUAAAGAGACCAUACAGGCCUUCAAGUUGCUAAAAAAGGCCCUCAUGUUGGCCCCAGCCUUGGGACUCCCAGAUGUGAGUAAACCGUUUUUCCUUUUUUCCCAUGAGAAGCAGGGGAUUGCCCUAGGAAUACUAGCACAAGAUCUGGGCCCGUAUCGACGAGCAGUUGCCUACUUUUCUAAACAAUUGGAUGCAACUGCAAAAGGUUGGCCUGGAUGCCUGCGAGCAGUCGCGGCUGUAGUACUAAACAUCCAGGAAGCCCGAAAAUUCACCCUGGGCCAGAAAAUGACUGUGUUGGUGUCCCAUACAGUAUCUGUAGUACUGGAAGCGAAAGGUGGACACUGGCUUUCCCCACAAAGAUUCUUGAAAUACCAGGCUAUAAUGGUAAAACAGGAUGAUGUGGAGAUCAUAGUCGCUAAUAUUGUCAAUCCAGCCUCUUUCCUCAGUGGAAACACAAGGGAACCAGUGCAUCAUGAGUGCCUGGAGACCAUCGAAACAACAUAUUCCAGCCGUUCAGACCUGAGAGACAGUCCUAUGGAGAACACGGAAAACUGGUUCACGGAUGGAAGCAGCUACGUCCUAAGCGGUAAAAGACAUGCCGGAUAUGCCAUUACCACCAGUCAAGAAAUCAUAGAGUCGGGGCCUUUACCCAUGAGUACCUCUGCACAGAAGGCGGAAAUAAUUGCUCUGACCCGUGCCUUGGAAUUGGCCCAAGGCAAAGCUGUAAAUAUCUAUACAGACUCAAAAUAUGCCUUUGGAGUCGUACAUGCGCAUGGAGCAAUCUGGAAGGAGAGGGGAGUAUUGAACUCACAGGGCAAAAAUAUCAAGCACGCAGAAGAGAUCAUGAAACUGUUGGAGGCAGUCCAACUCCCUGAGAAAGUGGCGAUCAUGCACAUUAAGGCACAUCAGAAAGUGAACUCAGAAUUGGAAAGAGGAAAUGAGCUGGCGGACAGAGAGGCAAAACAAGCAGCUAAAGGUGAGGUAAAUAUGGAGGGGGCCUUGGUCCCUGAUGGGCAAAUCUCCCUAGAAGGUAAGCCAAAAUAUACUAAGGAAGAUCAGAAGCUUAUCAUCGACCUAGAAGGGUCAUAUAAUAACGAGGGGUGGGCUCUCACCCCACAAGGGAAACUAAUCAUUCCCUCUUAUCUAACAUGGUCUCUGAUAAGGGAAGAACAUAGGAAGAGGCAUUGGGGGGCAGAAGCUCUAUAUAAACACCUGAUUAGAGAGAUUGUAGCUAGGAAUCUAUACACCACCGUGAAACAAGUAACUCAACAGUGUGAUAUUUGCCUCCAGACUAAUCCCAAGAAUACCCCUAAACCAGAAAUGGGUCAAAUUGGGAAAGGCAACGGGCCUGGGCAACAAUGGCAGAUUGAUUUUUCAGAACUCCCAAGAAAAGGGGGGUAUCGAUAUUUAUUGGUAUUAACUGAUACCUUUUCAGGUUGGCCAGAGGCAUUUCCUACCAGGACGGCCAAGGCUCAGGAGGUAACCAGAACAUUAAUACAAGAAAUAAUACCACGCUUUGGGGUUCCGGCAACCAUAUCUUCUGACAGAGGACCACAUUUCAUCUCAAAAGUAGUACAACAAAUUAGCUGUCAUUUGGGUAUAGAUUGGCAGUUUCAUACCCCAUAUCGCCCUCAGUCGAGUGGCCAAGUAGAAAAAAUGAACCACUUAAUCAAACAGCAGAUUGUGAAAUUGGGACAGGAAACUAACUUGGCCUGGCCUCAGUCUCUUCCUUUGGCUCUCUUGCGCAUACGAACCAGGCCAAGAGCAAAAGAGGGGCUGAGUCCUUUUGAAAUUUUGUAUGGACGACCCUAUGGAAUACAGAAAGGGGUGUCCACACAAGCCGGGGAGGAAAUUAUGACUUCAUACAUGGUGGCAUUAGGCAAACAACUCAGCAGAAUUGAAAAACAUGUGGUUGGGACUCGAAGCAGGGGUUUGGAUGGACCUGUACAUAACAUACAACCUGGAGAUUAUGUAUAUGUGAAGUCUCUUACAGAAAAGACCCUGGAACCACAAUGGGAAGGACCAUUCCAGGUACUCCUCACAUCCUUCACAGCAAUAAAGAUUAAGGAACAGAAUGCCUGGAUUCACCACUCCCGUGUGAAGAAGGCACCUAAAUCUCCAUGGAGAGUCACGCAAGUACAGCAAGGAAAGCUUACCUUGUCACGACGCUGAUUGUAAGCCUAAUAGGGGGACUUGAGGCAUGGGAGAGUAAUGCCUUUUUGCAGCUACAUGACAAAAUUGCUAAUGCCAUGAACUGGUCUGAUUGCUGGAUUUGCUUUUUGCUAAAGAAGGAGGUUUAUGUACGGUUAUUGGUGAACAUUGCUGUACCUAUGUUAACCAAGACAAAAGGAUUGAAAAGGAUUUAUUUCAAAUUUGGGAAAAAACCAAAAUCUUGCAUGAAGUGGCCCAAGAUAACACAUCUUGGGUGUUUAGUGACUUAGUGGAAAGAUUAACAUCCUGGUUACGGAAUUUGACAUGGUUGAAACAAUUGUUUGUUACGACAAUUACGGUUAUGAUCCUGCUUAUAGCUCUGUGUGUAGUAGUUCGAUGUGCUUUAGGGUGUUGUCAAAACACAGGGAAUUCUUACAGCGAAUGGAAGAAAUAUCAACUAAGGCAAAGGUUAGAAUCAAAUAAAUAUUUUGAGAAAGUAUUAGAUAAAGAGUCAUUGUAUUAGCUGUAGUAAAAGAAUUUACUAACCUUUUUGAAAAAGGGGGGAUUGAUAGAGAGAACUAACACUUAAAGGAAAUGGCAGGAUCAUUAACUAGCUUAAGCCACAUAUCUAGUAAUCUUAACCCUUACGUAAGAUGUUUUAACAAGAACUAGCGUAAGGAAGGGUCAAGAUGACCCUUCGCUCUGCUUGCAUUUUUGUAACCAAUCACAAGAUAAGGAGGUAGUAAAUCAGAAUGGAAUGAACACGGAGGAUUCCCUGCUAAUUAGGAACCGGUCUGAGUAAGUUUUGUGGUGAAGGUGAAAAGUGCACAGUGAGGAAGACAUACAGCCUUCAUCCCUGAGACCCCGGCCCACGACCACCAAGAGGCAGUGCGCGUGCGCAGCUGAGAGGAGUUAAAGGCUGAGACAAUGGAAAUGAACUCAUUGUAAUAAGACCACCUUUCCGCGGAAAGAUCAUGAAUAUGUAUAGGUGCUUUUUGAAUAUGUAACAUUCUAUCGUAUAAAACUCAAAGGGAAUUGCUGCAAGGCACGCACGAUUUUGGUGGGACGACCCCCCAUGCUGCCCAGCGCUGAAUAAACAUACCUACUUUACAACUUCA